UAUAAACUCUCGCGGUAAUAGCUUCAACGACUUUGUGACGUUUCAAGCGCGCUUUAAACAAACCAGGAAAUUGUGUUGGACCACAAUAUUAUCAGUAUUAGGACCAAACCCCAGGUUUAAUUAAAACUAUAGCAAUGGUUCAAGAGUUUCACGUUACCAGGUGCGUGACGUGUGAGAACUUCCAAGUCCAGCAGGUGAAAAAAUCAACCACUAAGUGGAGCUGUAAAGUUUGUGGAGAAAAACAGUCAUUGCUGAAGGAGUAUGGACGAGGCUCAGCAGCAGACUGCAGACGUCAUGUUCAAAAACUAAAUGCCAUGAGAGGAGCCAUGGUGGAGGAGCAGGAGCGCAGUGCCUGCUCAUCAUGGGAACAGGAACAAGAGCAGGAUGCUGAACAUGAGAGCACUGAUAUUCAAAUACACAAGAGUCCAAUACAAACAAGUCGCUGGAGCAAAUACCUGGACACACCUAAGGAGGUGGAUCCAGAACAGGAACAUGAAGACGACAUGGUCUUGAUGGACAGGCAGAACUGCCCUAGCAAUAGAAUGACUAACAGGAAAAGGAAAAGAGAAGCACCAUCUGAGCAGGCCUGUCAACCUGUCAGACAGUUGACCUCAACCAGAACCACAGGAUUUAACCAGUCCACAGCCAGAACCACUGAUGUCAAUAAUUAUUUGUUACAGUCUAGUAAAACAUCUCUUAACCAGUCCAGGAACAGAACCACUGAUGUCAAUAAUUCCAGAUAUACUGAACUAAACCAUUGUAAUCUACCUGGUGUAAAACAGUCCAGAACUAAAACAACAGGAUUAAGCCAGCAUAAACCCAGUGAUUGGAAGCAGUCGAGUCCACCUAGUUCCAGUUGUUCUGAAUCAACUCCCACUGGUCUAAGCUCUAGCUGUGGUUCCAGAUGGACUUGUUUCCUGACUUAUGACCCUCCUACCAAUGAGCAGAAAACACUGAAGGGUGAGAGUGGUGUCAUCAUUACAAGGCCCCACCCCUUUCUCCAUGCUUCUUCCAUGUUUGAGACUGGAGAGGAUUUCAGCAUCGACGAGUUUUAGAAAUAAAAAUGUUUAUUUUUAAUCUGUUUCGUGUAAAUGACGUCGCUGUGCUAGCAUACUUCAGCUAUACAACGAGCUAAACGUCGCAGUUAGUUUUCUCUCACUUUGUGACUGUGGCUCUUCGCUUCGUCUCACAUGAGCAGAGUGAACACCGUCAUAAACAGAAUGCAAAACAUAUCAUCCUCACAGCUUAUUGACUUAAUAAUUGCAGCUUUUAGAUUGUGU